AAAGCCAUUGGGGAUGGAUAGCACACCAGCAUUCACCCCAAAGAGAACCAGAUCAUCACCUGGAGAUGAAAGGCUCGCAGCACCCAAAAAACAAAAGAAUGCGGAUGCAAGACCGACGAACGAAGUGAUUAGCGGCGGAAAGGGUGAUUCCCCCUGGCGCGAAGUCCGGAACAGGAAGGACAGAAACAAAAAGGAUAGCGCUAAAACGCAAAAACCUAUCAGGAGGAGGAAGAAAGGUGAAGCGGUCAUCGUAAAAACCAGCGAAGACACGUACGCCGACGUCUUGCGGGCCAUGAGAACGGAUCCGCAACUCAAGGAGUUUGGUGAUGACGUCCAGAAGAUCAGACGAACCCAAGCAGGAGACAUGAUCUUCGAGUUGAAAAGAGACUCGAAAAACAGAAGCUCAGCGUAUAAAGAGCUUACAGAGAGAGUAAUGGGCGAAAAGGUGCACGUGAAAGCCAUGUGUCCCGAAGCGACGCUCCAAUGCAAGGAUUUGGACGAGAUCACCACCGAGGAGGAAGUGCGACUCGCCAUGAGGGAUCAAUGUAACUUGGAAGGCGUGGAAAUGACGGUACGCUUGAGAAGAGGACCGUUUGGAACGCAGGCAGCGUCGAUAAAGCUUCCAGUAGACGCAGCCAACAAAGCGAUGACAAUCGGCAAAAUCAAAGUCGGUUGUUCAGUUUGCCCACUGAGGUUCUCCCAGCGACCGGAAGGGUGCUACAGGUGUCUGGAAUACGGCCACCUGGCGCGGAACUGCAAAGGAAUCGACAGGAGUAAGCUGUGCAGGUGGUGCGGUCAGGAAGGUCACAAGGCGCAAGACUGCAACAACGAGCAAAGAUGUCUGUUUUGUGUCGACAAAAGUCGCAACAGACACGCGACGGGAGGCCCUAGAUGUCCGGCCUUUAAGCAGGCGAGAGGUACUAAACCGCAGUGGAGGUAACUCAACUAAACCUCAACCAUUGCGACACAGCACAACAGUUGCUGUGGCAAUCCGUAUCGGAGUCGAAGUGCGAUGUGGCUAUCCUUUCUGAGCCGUAUCGUAUACCAGCUGGAGACGAUAACUGGAUCGCAGAUAAGGCGAAGACAGCUGCUAUAUGGACGAUGGGGAAGUAUCCCAUCCAGGAAGUAGUGUACCAGGCAAACGAAGGCUUCGUGAUCGCCAAAAUUAACGGAGUUUUUGUUUGUAGCUGCUACGCACCUCCUCG